AUGGAAUCGCGCGUAGUCAUCGACUCGCGAGAAGGAGAACAUCAUCAUCGCCAUCAAAGCAUCAUCAUCAACAACAACAACGUCGGGAACAGAAAAGGAGCGAUAUUGAACACCUUCAUCGUUUUAGUCUUCAUCGCGUGCGUUUUACUGUUUGAAGAGUUGGUCGCGGUUGGGUUAGUCGUGCGACGUCGAGUCGUUGUUGGUUUUCCUCUUUACGACACCGGAGAAGAGGUCGACCGGGAGGCGGAGGAUGCGAAUGUUUGGACGAUGACGCCGGAAUACGAGGAAGAAAAGCAGCGAGAGCAAACGUCGCCUGUGUUCAUCACGUUUAGCGAUAUCGUCGGCGACGGCGUGUGCGCCGGGGUCGAGACGGCGCUGUUGCGCGGGAUCGAGUUGAACGUCAUCGGCGUAGCGGAUACGAAGAGCGAAGGCGAGAAGAACGGUUUCGCUUUAGAGGAGUUCGCGAAAGUGAAAACGGUCAAGUCGAGAAAGAUGUACGGUUUUUUGGAAGCGCUUACGGAGAAAGAGAAGCACUGGGAGGCGUUUGGGAUCGCGAGCGGCGAUACGAUUGUGAACAUCGCGGACGCGAGCGACGUCUUGUACUUUCAAGACGGCGCGACGAUCAUGGAAAAGUAUAAGCAGAUCGUUCGAGACGCGCCGGUGGAUGAAAGUAGGAAACACACCAUAGUUUUGAUUGGUGCAGAAAGGAAUUGUUGGCCGAGCAUGGACGGAGAAAAAGAACUCAUACCGGGCGGGAGAAAAUAUUGCGAGCAGUUUAAAGCGGUGUCCGGGAACUCGAGUUAUCACUUUCUAAAUAGCGGGAGUUUGAUGGGCAGAGUGGACGCGGUGAAGGCAUUGUUGAAAAGAGUUGAGUCUGUCAUGGAUGGAGGCAAGCAAAAUGACGACGAUCAGCAGUUGUUACAAAUGCAAUACGAGCGUCAGAUUAAACAAAAGAGCGAAGGAGGGGGAAAAGAAGAAGACGCAUUUACGAUACUUCUCGACCACAAAGCGUCGAUUUUCCAAACAGGUUGGGGGUCUCAUCUCGCGAACGGCCGGUACGCCGCGCGCGAUCCGAACGGCGCGUAUUACAACGAGGCGAAGUGCGCCGUUGAAAAUACGGAGCACAAUAGCGAACCUUCGAUAAUUCACUUCAACGGAGGUAAAAGAAGAAAUAAAGUCGCGGUAUCCUUGGUUCGAGAUGCAGUGCGAUAA